GGAACGGGCUGUGGGUCAUCCAUACCGCGGUCUAUAUCAUACAAGGCCGCAACCCAUGGCCAUACCGGCCUGAAGCGGGAAGCUUAACACCUCAAUCAUAAUGGACAGCUCAAGUUCUAUUGAUGGAGUAUCGAUUGGUACGGUGCCUGUACGGGUACACCGUGGCGACUCGUUCAUCGCCAGUCACCCCAAGGUCGGUCAGCUGCCUAGCCCAACCACUGUAACCCCCAUCCGUUCAGCCAUGAUCUCACCCCAACAAGCUCUCCCUUCCCCCAACCAUAUUGUGAAUGACCCGCACUGUGUCAUACCUACGGCACCCCACGAUACUGCACUGCACUAUUUGUACCCAUAAUUGUCUUUUUUGUUCCACCUGCCGCACCCCGCACUUUCUUGUCUCCUUCCUUCCAUCCGUCCCUCCAACUGUUGCCUUCAUACGAGUGCUCGCUUGACUUGUUGGUCGAGCCAAACGAUACCUGAGUUGUCAACUCCUACCGAACCGUGAUCCGCGGUUCUGACGUCGGCAUUUGCUUCAGUAUCCCCCUUCUUUCUUUCUCUCUUGCCUGCACAAACACACACACACACAUACACAUACACUUCCGCAAUUUUCUACUCGUACGGUUGCUUGCGGUUACGACUACGACGUUGUCACCUGGGCCUCGAUCGAGCUCUGGCCUGCUCUGUCCAACAACCCACCCCGCCACCCCACCAACACAUCCAACGGGCAAUCAAAGGAUAGAAAGGUAGACGAGCAUACGCCACAUUACCUACCUGCCACCCGAGACUUGUAAGGGAAGGAAAGCAGGCAGGAAGGAUUCUUGUUUUUUUACGGAAUCGGAUAGAUUUACUCUUGUCGUCAUCACUGGCUAGGGAGUCGGCUUGAAAUUGAGGUGUCAGUCAUGGCUGAUCCGACGAUUAAGGUGUACGAUAAACCUCCCUCUUUUCCCCACCUAUUGUGCAAUGGAUGGAAUGGGAGGACGUUAACGAGGGUGAGUGAUUGGGUUCGAUACAAUACAGACUCCUCAUAGGUCCCUCCAGCUCCGGCAAGACGGCACUACUAUUGCGAUAUGUCGAGGAUAUCUUUGAUACGGAUAAUGCGACGGCGACAAUUGGGGUUGACUUUAAGGUUCCUCCCUCUCUCUCCCUUCCUUCCUUCCUCCAUCUCUUCAUCUCCCGCCCAUCCCGCUGCGGACGCAGACAAGCAGGUGGCUAAUGCGAUGACAUGGCAUGAUGUGAUAUGUAACGCAGGUCAAGAAACUCUCCGUAAAGGGAAAGCCCCAUCGAGUCCUCCUCUUCGACACCGCCGGCCAAGGUUUCUUCCCUUCCCUUCCCCCACAUCUCCACCCACCCACUAGCUAACGCCCUCCCCGCACAGAGCGCUUCCGAACCUUGACAAGCUCCUACUACCGCAACGCUCAAGGCGUGCUCCUGGUCUACGACAUCUCCAACCGCGAAACCUUCACAACAAUGGAGUACUGGUUUAAGGAGGUGGAGAAAUACGCCCCUCCGAACGCCAUAAAGUGUCUCGUUGGCAGCAAGCUCGACAAGUCCACCUCCUCGCGCAUCGUCAAGACCGAGGAAGGGCAGGCACUGGCGGACCGCUACGGCGCCGGCUUCUACGAGGUCUCGUCCAAGACGAGGGAGAACGUCAAGGAACCGUUCGUCGACACCGUCACCAGGAUUGUGGAGACGCCGGAGUUGAUGAAUGGCGGCGUGGGCGCCAGGAGGGCUAUAGCGACCGCUGCGUCGUCUACGCCUGUAGCUACGCUCAGUCUAGACUCGCCGCCAAAGAAGGCUGGGUGUUGCUAGGUUGGUGGGGGAGGUGGUUGGUUGUUGGGUUGGCAUUCUAGAGGUGCUUGGGAGUUGGGUCGAUUGGUAUAUUUGCUGUAUUGGGCUACUUUUUUUUUUUCCUCUUUUAUACUUUUUUCUUUACAUUUUUUUUUUCCCAUCAUUUGCCUUUUCCCCGAUUGAUGAUGACGGAUGGGAUGACUACGAUCUUGUGACACUCGUUUCCUGUACUAGUAUACCCUGCUUUUAUAGAUCUUUCAUCCACUACAGUUGGUAUGGU